ACUCUAUAAUUUGGAGAAAGAAGCCAUCCAGCAAGUGAUGGAUUGGUCACCUCGGGCGUGAUUUACGAUGCACAUUGAAUGGUUUUCUCCCCUCCUCUGUGAUACAAAUUCGGCUCACGUCAUUGCUCCACUGAUGAGGGGUAUGGUAUUAUAAAGCAGCUGCAUGUACUUCCAGACACGAGUGCCGAUAUAAGAAGAGCAAGUUAUCAUCUACGACCACUGUGAUCAGUUGACAGGUCCUUUCAACUACAACAGAACAAUGUCGUCCUCUCAACAUAUCAUCGAAUCUCAUGACAUCUACCACGGUCUCCCAACAUUCAAGGAAGAAGGUCUUACCGCCAUAGUGACAGGAGCAAACGGUAUCUCAGGCACCUACAUGCUCAAAGUCCUAGGCCAACACCCUCAACGUUGGAAAAAGAUCUACGCUCUAUCUCGCCGUCCCCCUUCCGGUGACCUUCCCAAAAACGUGGAGCACAUCCCUUGCGAUUUCCUGAAGUCACCAGAGGUAAUCGCUUCCGUUCUCAAAGAGAAAAAUGUCAAGGGCGACUACGCGUUUUUCUUUGCAUACAUUCAGCCCGCGCCAAAGGAAGGACAGGGCAUCUGGGGCAAUGUGGAUGAGUUGGUCUCGAUCAACAAGUCCCUGCUCUCGAACUUCUUGGAGGCCUUGACGAUGUCAAAGUCGAUUCCUAAGGCUGUUUUACUGCAGCUAGGAGCCAAGUACUAUGGCCUCCACCUCGGUCCCGGUACACCACCUUACGAAGAAACCAACGCCAGAGUAGAGCUGGAGCCAAACUUCUACUACCCUCAAGAAGAUUAUCUGAGAGAGUGGGCCAAGAAGAACGGGUCGAAGUGGAUCACCACAAGACCCAGCCAUAUUCCUGGCGCGGUACCCGACAAUGCGAUGAAUCUGGUACUUCCACUUGCCAUCUACGCAACUGUGCAGAAACAUCUGGGUCUGCCUUUGGAAUAUCCAUCUGAUCUCAAGGCUUGGGAAACCACUGUAUCCAUCUCGUCUGCACAGAUGAACGCCUAUCUCUCCGAAUGGGCAGUUUUGACGGACUCCGCAUACAAUGAAUCCUUCAAUGCCUGCGACGACAGUGCAUUUACUUGGGCACAACUGUGGCCGCGUUUAGCAGCUCGCUUUGGAAUCGACUGGAAGGGACCAGAUCUUGAAGCCGACUUCACAGAGUCAAAGAUGCCCUAUGAACCUCCACCAAGAGGAUGGGGUCCCACUGCGACUAUGAAGUAUAAGUUUACGCUUACCGAAUGGGCUAAGAAGCCGGAAAUCCAAAAGGCGUGGAAGGAAAUCGCCGAGGCUAAUGGGUUGAGGAUGACUGAGUUUAGUGAUAUUGACCGUGUGUUUGGUUUCACGGAUGGAGCGUUGGGAUGGUCUUUCCCUUUGCACUACAGUAUGACCAAGGCCAAGGAGAUGGGAUACUUUGGAUACGUUGACUCGACCAAGUCGAUCAUCAAGACAGUCGAGGAAUUUGCGGAUUUGAAGAUGAUUCCUAAGUUGCCUUGAGAAGGAAGUCAGGUGUGUGUUGGUGGCUCCUUUUUCGAGCCACGGCGUUUAGUUUAGUUAUCAGAAUGCAAGAUGUUUUCCGCAAAG